AUUAUAAACAGAUGUAAAUAAAGCUUAAUUUCUCCAACCCAAUUGUUGAAAACACAAUUAUUUUUUAGGCUAAAAAAAAUAUUUAAAAAACACCUAGGAAAAUAAUAUAAAGUUUAUAAUAAAAUAAUCAUGGCUGCUAUUGCAAGGUUAACAUCUAGACUAUGUGGAAUUAUUAAUAAUCAAAUUCCAAAAAAUUAUGCACCAACAUUUAUCACAGCUUUGAGCAAUACAGGACGUCAAUGUAAUUUGAUGCAAACUGCUUCAUUAAAAACACGUGUAGAAUGGAUACCAAGAAAAUAUAAUUUUCAACAACCGGAAGAACAAACUGUUAUAGAAGAUCAUUCUGAAGCUGAGGACAAAUUGUCAAAUGAAAUUGUUGGUGUAAUUAAUGAUCAAAUAAACCAACAGUCAACAAGCAGAUUAUUUGCAGUUGUUCAUUUGUGUGGAAAACAACAUAAAAUAACAGAUAAUGAUUUAGUAGUGGUACAGGGAUAUUGGCCACCAGCUAAUGGAGAUAAAAUAAACCUUGAAAAAGUAUUAUUGGUUGGUGGUACGGAUUUUACACUUAUUGGUAGACCAAUAUUGAAUCGUGAAUUAGUCAAUAUUCAAGCAACUGUUAUUGAAAAAACAUUGUCACAUACUAAAACUCAUUUUAGAUAUAAAAAAAGAAAACAAUUUCGCAGAAUUCAUUUUAGAAGAAGUGAACACACUAUCAUCAGGAUUAAUUCAAUUACCAUCAACAGACCAAUAGAUAAACUCCAAGAAUUUGAAGGUUUAGACAAAGUUUAUUAAAUUUUUGUAUUGAAAAAAAAAAAGAAAAACAU